AUGGCACAGCUCCAGCUCGGAGACCAAGGGACCGGCCUCCUCCUGCUCUUCUUCUCGCUACUGCUGCUCCUGGGCUGCCUGAGCCUCCUGGCACGCACCCUCAACCCAGCCUUGAGGCUACACCUGGUCCUUGCGCUCUCGCGCCUCCCCAAGGGCUUCAUCGAGGGCUACACCUGCCUCUGCCUGGGCCUCCUGGUCACCCUAGUCCUCCAGAGCAGCACGGCUGUCAGCUCCAUGCUCACGCUCCUCUCGGCCGCAAGUGAAGUGGACCUGGAGCGCGUGUACCCACUGCUCCUGGGCGCCAACAUCGGCACCACGACCACGGGCAUCCUGGCCGCCUUAGCGGGAGAGCCGACCCGCGACGCUCUGCAGCUGGCCCUAUGCCACAGCUUCCUGAACGUCUACGGCGCGCUCCUCUUUUACCCGGUGCCCUUCAUGCGGUUCCCACUGCCCCUGGCCCGACUGUUGGCGAGCACGGCCGCCCAGUACCGCUGGUUCGCGCUCGCCUACCUCCUGGUCCUCUUCGUCAGCCUACCCGUCGUUGUGCUUGCGCUGUCCUUCGUCGGUACCGCCUUAUUCAGCGCCAUCGGCGUGCCGGUGUUGCUGGCGGCGCUGUCGCUGUUGGUUCUGAACGUGGUCCAGCAGAGGCGGCCUCACUGGCUCCCACCCGUGUUCCGGACGUGGGCCUGGUUGCCGCUGUGGAUGCACUCGCUGGCGCCCUUCGACCUGCUUCUGGAGCGGCGGGUGCUCAGCCGCUGCCGCGUCCUGGAUGCGUUUCUGGGGAACGCACACUGA